GACGGAAACAUAUAGAACGUAAGUGAUAUGCUAAUGUGCUGUCUCUGAGUUUGGUGUUAAUAUAGCCUGAACCUUGUCCGCAAGUUCUGUGCAAAUAGCGCAUAGGUAUAUGAAGACUUCUCUCCUUCCUAUCCCUUCCCCUUCUUCAUUAAUGAGAAACUCCUCUCUCGUAAAACAACUUUAUCAGACACAGAACAAUAGAGUAACUUAAUCGAAAUCAUGGUUCGAAGAUCAUCCUCGGACUACUCCUAUAUCGACGGCUAUUCUCAAGGUCGCACUCCUAAUGAUGUUGUGUGGGGUAGUACGAAGGCGAAAGACCUAGUCUCAAGUGUAAGAUUUUCAUGGGAUAAUAAACAUCAGAAAAUAUUCUUUGUCAGAUUCCUCGCGAAGGAGGGGUUGAAUUAUAAGAAUGCCGACGUUACUCCCCUACUCCGGACACUGAAUCUGGAUGGAUAUGAAGACAUCAAGAAUUUCAACGGGGAUAAUGUUCACGAUAUAAUAGUGGAGAAAGUACGGCGGAAGUUGGCAAGUACUGUAAGCGAAUUGGAUCCGGAUUUCUUGUUCAAGGCAAGCUUAGGGUAGGUCGUGAUUCAAUAAGUUAUUCUUUUAAUAUGUUGUGAGGAAUCAACUCAUCGUUUCAUAGGCCUCAAUUAGAUAAAAAUACGCUGUACAAGGGAGAAAGACAUUC